CACAGCUCCAUUAGCCUGCUCUGCUCUGCACAACUGCUCUGCGUUCUGAGACCCACCGAGAGCGAGACACACACGCACGCACGCACACACGCACAGUUACAGUAUCAUCAUCACACACACACACACACACACACACACACACCUCUGCUGGAGCUCCCGUAUUACCAGAGGAGGAGAAGAGAGGGUGGAAGAAUUUGGCCUCAAGUCCUGCAACCGCCUUCAAACUGCUGGGAUGAGGUGGUGGCUGGUGGUGGCCAGUCUGUGGCUGCUGGUGGCCCUGAUUGUCCCGGACACCCAGGCCAGCGACAGACCACGUAACCAGGACGGCGGGACCCGACGGGGGAAGAGGAAGAAGGACGGACACGGUCAGGGGCGGGCCAGAGCAGGGCGCCAAAGACCUCUGAAGAUCAGAUUGAUUCCUGGUCCCAGCAUCCCAGUGGAUCAUGGAGACAACCAAGAAAAGCCUCUGUUACUGGAGUCCUACAAGAACGUACAUGAACUGCACUCCAGCUACAACGUUAUCCCAGGUAAGCAGGGCCAGUGCGUGUACCAAGGCCUGGCCAUGUUCGACCAGGCCGUCUGGUCUCCAGAGCCCUGUGUGACUUGUCUGUGCACGAGAGGACAGGUGGUUUGUGAUGAGAUCACCUGUCCUAAAAUGCACUGCCAUUUCCCCUUCGUCCCCAUGGGGGAGUGUUGCCCCGUCUGCAUGGAGCCAGAACCUGACAGCCUUGACCUUUCUGGUGACUCCUCAGUUCCCAACGACCCCGACAACUCUGUGACUCCACUGACCCAGGAAGAGAUCCAGCGAAUACUCUGGCGGGAGGAAGAGGAGCAUCGCGAGGAGGAAAAACGUCUGAGGAAGAAGGAUGAGGCGAGGAAAAAGAGAAGAAAGCAGAGGAAGGAGCAGGCAGAGAGACAAAGAAAAAUUGUGGAGGAGAGGAGGAAAAAAGAGGAGGAGGCAUUGAGACUGCAGCUGGAGAAAGAGGAGGAGGAGUGGAGGAGGCAAAUGGAGGAGAUGGAGAGGCAGAGACAGGAGGAGGAAGACAGAAGGAGGAGGAAGGAAGUAGAAGAAAGGGAGAAGGAAAGGAAGCUAGAGGAGGAAAGGAGGAGGCAGGAGGAGAUGUUGAGGGAAGAACUAUUGGCUUUGGUGGAGGAGGAGGACCAGCAGCAGGAGGAGGAAGAAGUGUGGCUGAGAGGUGAUGUGUUUCAGAUGCCCCCAAAAGAACCUGAAGAACCCGAGGAACCAGACCUCCUCCCUGCUCCAAUCCCAAGACCACCUUCUGUGACGGAAGAUGAACUGAAUGUGGAAGCAGAACUGGAGGAGGCAGAAGUGGAGGAGCAGGGGGAGGAGAGGGAGGUAGCCAUAGUGGACAGAAGAGGCCUUCCUCCAGGCUGUGACAUUUCUGAUGUCACUGUGACAUGUGACAAUGCCAAACUCAUCUACUUUCCUCCUCUGGCCAUACCUGAGCUCAAAUCUCUCAGUCUGGAGGGCAACAAUAUCAGCAGCAUCCCAGCUGAAGCCUUCAAUGGCAUCCCCAACCUGGAAUGGAUUAACCUGAAGAAAAAUAAACUCACCUCUGCUGGCAUUGAUGCUAAAGCCUUCAAAGGUCUGAAGAUGCUAAGGCGUCUAUACUUGGAUGGAAACCUUCUAGAGGCUGCGCCCUCUGACCUUCCCCCUACCCUGCAGGAGCUGAAGAUCAGUGAGAACAGACUGAGAGGAAUCUAUAAAAACAGCUUCCAAGAUCUGAGCAGCCUGGUGAUUCUGGAGCUGGAGGGAAAUCUGUUGAGUGAGGGAAACGUAGAUCCUCUGGCCUUCGCUCCCCUCAUCCAGCUCUCCUACCUCCGCCUGGGCAGAAACCACUUCCGCACUAUACCACAGGGCCUUCCCAAGUCACUGCUGGAGCUGUACUUGGAGAACAACCUGAUUGAGGAAAUCUCAGAAACAGUUUUCAAUCAGACUCAAAACCUGAACGUGGUUUCUCUGAGACACAACAGGCUGGAUGAGACCAGGAUCGCCCCAAUGGCAUGGAUCAACCACAGAAAUCUAGAAUCAAUUGACCUUUCACAUAAUCAGCUUUACUUGGUUCCAUCCUACCUACCAAGAUCUCUGGUCCACCUAGUGUUGGUGGGAAACAACAUAGAAAGGAUACCUGGUUAUGUUUUUGCCCACAUGGACCCUGGUUUAGAGUACCUUUACCUUUCCUACAACAAACUGGAUGGAGAGGGAGUUGAACCAGAGUCAUUUUUUGGCUCAUACAACUCCAUGGUGGAACUUUGUUUGGAUCACAACCAGCUCAUCACUGUGCCAUCUGGCAUCAAUGAGAUGACCAACUUACACUUCCUCAGACUCAACAACAACAAGAUCAGGAGUAUAUCUGACGAAAGCAUCUGUGACCCAAACCACGACGGAGACGCCACUCUGGUGGCCCUGAGGCUGGAAAACAACUAUAUUGACCCCCAGAAGAUCUCACCAACAGCCUUUUCCUGUGUACGCUCCUCCUCCAGUGUGAUCCUAAAACCCCAGAAAACCAAGUGAUCUAAGCUCACUCAAAACAAACAACUAAAAGACACUUCUUUAAACCAACAGAAAGAAGGGGGCAAAUAUUUUGGUUUUUAUUGUGUGACAAGAAACCUAACAUAAAUUUUCCCUAACUAGCUGCCUCUGAUGCUGUAUGCCAUUGAAAUUACACUCAAACAAUACAUAAAAGGCUUUCAUGUCUGUUCACUGCAAGUGAACAUGGGAUGAGAAUGAAUUUAACUGUGAAAACACAGUUAUUGCUGAUGUAAUCUGCCUUGCUGGAAGGUAGCAUCCUGUCAUAUCCUGGGACCAAACCCUUACAAGCUGUAUAAAAGUAAGAUUUUCUUCUGCUCAAGUUCUACUACACUCUUUUAGAUCUGUUAAGUCUUGCACUAUUGCCUGGCCGAACUUAAACUGGUAAGAAGGUGACAGAACACAUUCAGACUUCAAAGUCAAACACAUCUGUCAGAUUUAAUAAAGCCUAAAAUGGAAAGAAUUCCUGCAACAUACACAGCAAAAUGAAAACCCUAAUAAAGAAAUGGAAAGAAUUCUAUGAAGAAAAAAACCACAAGCCCAACACAUAUUUUUAACAACCUGACAUCCUUAUGUUCCACUUCCCAACUCUGUGUCAUCCAGUGCCUCCUUUCACUCUGACACUCUGGAAAGGACUGUUAGUAGAGGGAGAGAUCACGUGUGACACAUCAUUUGAGCUUCAGUGUAGUUGAGCUUCAGUGUAGUUGCCAGAUCUUUUUUGACACAAGCAGUUAAUGAGUUUCACUGUGUGACUUCCGUUUUGAUUUACACUACAGUGGCAGAUGUUAUCUAUUGAUGGCUCUAAAACAAACAUGAUAAGGCCACAUUGCAUUUUAACUAUAUUAUACAGUAAUUCAUUUUACUUUGUGAUAUAAAGUGAUGAUGGGUCAUGCACAUACUUCCACAACUGGAGUUACAGUCACGUACCAUUGAUUUUGCCUUGUUUCAUACUGAAUAUGAGUUUAUUUCCACAAAGAGUUCAUAGAGCUUCAUUCACUGUGGGGACUGUGGUUAGCAGAGGGUUUGCAAUGGAGUUUCAUGGAGAUGAGCAUAACUAUGUGGACUUUGUGGUCUGAGAAAACAAUUCCUGGGAGAACCCUUGAACAAAUGCCUUUAACCUUAACGUCUCUUCAAGAACUCUCCUCAAGCAGAACAGAAUUGAGAUGUGGGAGGAACUACUGGCUCCAGAUGUCUUUUCUUACUCUAAAUUCCCAGUUCAAAGUUGCCUUUUAAUGAUGUUCUCAAUGUUCUUCAACAUAGAAACAUGUAACCACAUUAUAGGUGUAUGUUUAUGCCUCAAAUAUGAGCCUGUGUAACUGUAGCGUAAUGCAUUAAUAAGUCAACAUCAGCCCUGACAGUCAAUGACAAAAGGUUUCUGCAGCUUGGUAAAUCAUUCUUGGCCAGAGAUGUAUAGUAAAUGCUCUUACAGUACUUAUAGAUUGCACUGUUGCUUUAUACAGCACUGACUGGCACAGCUUACCCCAAAAGGUUUAAUUUACAGUUAAGACUUUUUUUUCAUGUAUUUGAACACUUUGCUUUUGGCUGGCCAAACCCUAAUAAAUUAUAGCACAAAAUAUCUACCUAAUGUGUGACCAAUCAUAAAGUUUAACAAAAUGUUAUGACACAAAAUUUCAAUAAAUAUCACUAUGUUCCCA